AUGUUGACAGAUUUCUCUUCAAGCGUACGUUGUUUCUGUCCCGAAUUUGGCCAGAACCAGGUUAUGCAGCAACUAUGGUGGAGGGCCGAGUGGCGAUCUCCAUAUCCCAGGAAGCCAAUGCACGCCAGCGGGAUGACCAAGGUUACUCUCCUCCGAACUGCAAAUAUGGAAGAAAGACCCUAUUUCCAAGCUUCGGGAUGGUUCGGAACUAGAGACAUGAGUCAGACAAAGACACGGCACACCCGGCGGAACCGUGCAGGAGGAAUCUCCAAUGGACACAGCGGCAACACCCUCCUCUUCUGCAGUGCCAUGGAUCGAAAACAUGGCUUAGUCAGUUUAGCCAUCUAA